CAAUAUUAAAUAAACAAGACAUUAUGAAAUAAAUAAAUAUUCAUAUGGCUAUAUACAGACAAUAUAUAUAUAUAUAAGUCCAAUCCAAAAAGUUUUUAAAACCCAGCUCAUUAUCAUGAAGUGUUGCUGUUUUAGUUUAUUGCAGGUCAUUUUAAUUUCAUUCCAGCAGUUUUUAUUUCUAAAUGGCCUUUUCCCAAACUCAGUUUGAAAUAACAUUUGAGUUUUAAAAGAAUGUUGGAUUAUUUCACAAUUUAAUGAUUACAUUAUAUAUUUAGUUUGCAUUUAUUCAUGUGAUUAUGUCACAACUUAUAUUGACCACGUCAUGGAAUAGACAAAUAACUUUGAAUUAUUGUUACAUGAAAGUGUCAUUAGCUGUGUCCACACACGUGACGUGCCGCUUCACGCAGCUCCGUUAGCUCCAUCAGUCCGAGCUGCUUCCUGUCUACUCGGCUGCUGUUUUAGUCGCUUUAUUCGUGUUGAAGAAAACGUUUUAGUUGUUAAAUGAAAUGAGAAUUGGUUGUAGUCCGCUUGCAUCAUGCUGUGACGAGGCUGCUAUCUAAUGCCAAACGGAAACCGAGAGAGGUCCUGCCCAUACUUGGAGAUGUGCGUCUGCUGUCUUGGGACGGGUCGGGUUCGCCUUGUAGACAGCGCGUCUGCUCCAGGUCCAGUCUAUGUGCCGACCUGACGCGGGAAGACUAUCGCUAGCGACACAACACUUGACCGUCAGCGUCGCGUUUCUGCUGCUUUUCUCCGUGUGACUGUGUGUCUCAUGGCUGUCCUCCUCAGACGUGGGUUCUUCGUGGCCCUGCAUCGUGCCCUUGGGCAAGGCAGCAGCUCAGUCUGCCACCCUGCUGCUCUUCUAGCCCAGUCCUUGGUUGUAGCCCUGCUGAGGGGUGUUUGGUUCUUGUGGUGCGUGGAGUACUUCUCUCCAGCAGCCAUGUCGGGCUUCAAUCUGCUGCAUCUAAUAACCAAGAGCCAGCCUGUAGCUCUGAGGUCCUGCAGUCUUCCCUCAGGAACAUGUAGGACUAAGAAGUUGUGGCCAGUGAGCUUCUCUCAGGAGGAGCUGAAGAAACGCCUCACACCGAUGCAGUACCAUGUUACCCAGGAGAAAGGAACUGAGAGUGCCUUCACUGGAGAGUUCACACACCAUAAAGACGAGGGGACCUACACUUGUGUUGUCUGCGGGGCCCUGCUGUUCAGCUCGGACACUAAAUUUGACUCCGGAUCAGGUUGGCCGUCCUUCUUUGACCUUGUGAAGGAGGAGUCCAUCACUCGGACAGAUGAUUUCUCCUACGGGAUGCACAGAGUGGAGACUACCUGCAGCCAGUGUGGAGCUCAUCUGGGACACCUGUUUGAUGAUGGACCAAGACCCACAGGAAAACGCUACUGCAUUAACUCUGCCUCGUUGACUUUCCAGCCCAAAAACACGGCCCCCUCCACCUCCAGCUCUGCGGCCGAGGGUGGAGCUGCCAGCAGCUCAGUGAGUGAUGGGAAGACAGAGUUCUGAAAGAAAGCCUCAGGAACCACAGCAAACCGAUGACUGUACCCGCGUAGGGAGUCCAACAGUUCACAUAUAUAAAAUAGUUAGGGAUUCUGUGUUUUUGAUUCACAAUGUAAAGAUAGAGUAGGUGGUUAUAUUGCGAAAGGAAGGAAGGUGCUCAGGCCUCAGACACAGACCAGAGCAUUACUCUCUCUAUAAUCUAUCACUGGGGAAAGUGCACGCUUCCAAAACAGCCAUUUUGUAGCCACAGUCAAAGCUGUAAAACACACUGUGUCAACCUGGGUGUUAUUCUCAGAUUGUUCUCCGUUAUGACUAUUGGUCAUGAAAACAUUGUAUUUGUAGAGAUUUGGGGAAAGGGGAGCAGGAAGAGGAUGUGUGUAUUCCCUGCAGUUUGUCACAGUAGCUACACAGAGUUCCAAGACGCUACUCUCUGUGUUUACAUUCUGGAAGAUUCAAAGACAAGUGCUUGAGGGCUAAGUUGACGGUGUUAAAAGGCUUCUUGCCCCAAUUAGUGUUGUUCUUGCUGGAACCUGCAUUCCUCAACUGUCUCCAACAGAGAGGGUGACUAAAAUGUUAUCAUGACCAACCAUGGACAUGACCCUGGACAAAACUGUAACACCCAUGUUGACAAAUGUCAUAAUUUCCCCUUAAUUCUCUUUCAUUUCCUCUGUCUGGGUAGUAGCAUUUGGUCUGCUAAUUUAAACAUGGUUAAGUGCUGGAUAGUAGACACACACACAUAUAAAUAUUUAAUGUAGAACCUUUGAUAUUCUAACUUCAAAAUAUUUUAUUAGAGUAUAUUUUUGAAGCGAUAUUUGAUACUGAGAGGUUGAUUUAAUGAAAUUGCCUAUCCAAGUGCUCCUGUCAGCAGUGACAGAGCAAUGUACUGUGGCCUUUAGUUCACUUCCUGUUCAGUUCAGUUUUUGUUCACAGCUUGCAUUAAAACAGAUGAUGAAUGAAUAAAAUAUCGAGAAACACUG